UUCUUAAUUUAAUCGUUCGCUGCUCUUUUUCUCUCUCUCCCAUGCGGUACAGCAGCAGUCGUUUGACAAGUAGCCUCGCGCCGCGCCAGUGAGCUUAUGGAGAGCGCAGCAGCAGACGAGGACGCCAAGAGCCAUUUUUCCGUUUCAGUCCGCGUCACAGUGCCAGUAUACACCACUGAUGUGUUCGUUCGUUUUGGCUUUUGUCGUUUUGCCGACGCAAUUUUCAAGCAAUUUUUAUGGGCCGCGUGCGUCGCGAAUUUGGUGUCACACAGAAACGGGUAUGCCACGGCGCGAUCGCUUAGGGUGUGCCAGUGAGAAAUAUCAGUGCUAAUAAAUACAUACUUUCAUAUACACAUUUAACAUAUUGCCACUUAAAUAUGAUUGCCAGCUAAUAUCUCCAAUUGUUUCACUAAUUAAUGCAGCUAACAUUCGAGUACUACCGCAUCUACAAAUAUUCAUAAUGAAAAAACAAACAAGCGCCAGUGCAAUUGUGCGACUUUGAAUGUGAAAAGAAAAUUGUACACGAGUAAUUGUUUUAUAUAAUUGAGUUCCUUUGCUGUAUUCAUAGUGUGACACUCAUAGCCGAGCAUGAUGCGUUCUGGUAGUCCAAUUGCACGCCCCACCAGUCCGGCGGUCUCUGAGAUUUCAGUAGGCUCUCCGAGCCCGCCGCUGGUCACAACAACGCACAAUCUAAGUCAACACAACAGCCUGACCGCCUUUCAGCCGUUGAGUAUGAAGCGCGCGCGAUUGUCGGACGGGCGCGUCUUCGGCACAGUGCCAACAGUAGAAUGCACUGUUUCACCAGCCAACCGCCAACAACCACAACCUCCACAAUGCCGCAAGUCGAGCGCGGAGCGUGUGAAAAGCUUUUCGAUUGCCGACAUUUUGGGUAAAGGUGAUGCCGCCACCACUCGUUCCCCAUCACCACAAUCAACUUCACCGCGAUCUUUAAUUCUACCUCAACCACCAGAAACGCUUCUACAGUCCAGUGGUGCGGCCACUGUUGAAUUACCAAUACUGCCGCUUCUGCCACGUCCACAACUCGCAACCCCAGCCACGCAGUUAUCUUCAGAAGCUCUAAGCGAUCGCCUAGCAACCACUGCAGUGCCACUGGUUAUGACAUCUUCGCAGCUGUUGCUCGACGUGCAUGGUUUUCCAAAGUCUUCGGCGCACGCUUGGCAAGCAAUGCGUAGCGCCGCUACUGCGCUGCCCUUGCGUCCCUUUUUACCGCCCGCUCUCUUGCACUAUGAACAACGUCUCGCUUGGGACUAUCAGCGUCAAUUACAAGAACACUUUCAGGCGCAGGCACAGCUUUUGCGUCAAAUGAGUAUGGAUCCGUCGAUUAUUCCGUCUGAAGAUGGCUCGGAACGUUCACAUUCCAGUUCAACGGGCAGUGAAUGCUGCUCUCCAGGGCUGAGCGGUGCACCGACGAGUGCAGAUGGGGAGGCAACGGCCGGCUGUGAUGAUAAGGCAGGCGAAAAUGAUGCGCGAAAGGGUAAAGAUGCUACUUAUGGAAAGUCACAAAAAGGAGCCAGUGAUACACCGCUGGAUGCGCUCUUCCAGCUAUCGACUAAAAAUUUUGAUGACGGUUCAGGUAAGUUUUUGGACUAACUAAUUCGGAUUGCUCAUUUUUGGGGAUGUGUUUA